AUGCUCAACGAUUUAUCUUCUUUCUUUGGAUCCCCCAAAUCUUCCUACUUCAAGAUCGCUGCUAGUCCCGACUUCCUGAAAUGGAUUCGGAAAGAGUCGAGGAAUGGAAGAUUUGACUUGAUUUAUCCGGACACGAUUGAAGAAUUAAGAAGUAUGCUAAUGGGUGUCAAAUUCGGAGAUACAUCGUCCCCACCAAAUUUCCCCGUUUUCUCGGGAAAACUUAGAGGGAUAAGAAGGGCAUGGAUGAAGGCUAAUAUUACUGAUGAUGAAAGAGAAGAUGUCAAGAAGGAGUUAUUUAAAGAAGCUUUUGGGGUCAUGGCGGAGCCGAAGAACGAUUAUUGGUGUUUUUGUAAGAAUGAAUGGAGGCAAACUAUUCUUUGGGCGUUCUGCGCGAAAUGCGAUGAGUGUAGAGACACUCGAGAGUGGCAUUGUGAAAAGUGUGGACAUAGGAAUAUUGGGGAGAAUUGUGAAUGCAAGAGGGCUAUCAAGCGAAAGAAGGGUGAUCGGGGUCAGUAA